AGGGAAGGUGAAGUGGGAUUUCUAGGUUUUACCAAAACAAAAUUUCAUUUCUCAAACUGCUCUUCAAACUGUUCUUCAUCACUCACUUUGAUUCUCUUGUAGGGUUCCCAUAUUCUUCACUCCUAGCGUUACAGAGGAAGAACGAUGUAUGCAAGUCAAUUCGACGGCAACGCUGCUUUCUCCGGUGGUGGAUUUAUGCCAUCUCAGACCACCCAGGCCCCUGAUCAUUCAUUUUCUCCGGCCAAAAAUCGGGAUGUCCAGGCAUUGCUUCCAUUAACAGUGAAACAGAUAAACGACGCAUUUCUGUCUAGUGAUGAUAAAUCAAAUUUUGUUAUUGAUGGUGUUGAUGUUAACAAUGUUAAGCUUGUAGGGAUGGUGCGCAAUAGAGCAGGAAGAAUUACUGAUGUGACUUUUGCGUUAGACGAUGGCACUGGGCGGAUUGACUGUAGCAAAUGGGUCAAUGAAGCUGCAGAUUCAAAUGAAGUUGAGGGAAUAUUGGAUGGCAUGUAUGUCCGGGUCCAUGGCCACUUAAAGAGCUUCCAGGGUAAAAGAACUUUAAAUGUCUUUUCUAUCAGGCCGGUGACAGACUAUAAUGAGAUCACAAAUCACUUCAUCGAAUCCAUAUAUGUUCAUUUUUACAACACCAGAUUGCGGAAACAACAAAGUAGUAGUAUGACUACUCAGCCACAGAUGACAAAUCUAUCUAAUACGCCCAUGAAAGUAUAUCAAGCUCCCAUUGCAAAUCAAUACACUGGUCAAGCAGGCGGUGAUAGUUGGAAGAGCCUUGAGCAGAUGGUCUUAGAUUUUUUGCAACUUCCUUCAUGCGAUUCUGAAAGGGGCGCACACCGUGAUGUCAUUGCUCAACAGCUCAAAGUUCCACUAGAGAAGCUCAUUCCGGCGAUGAAAAAUCUAGAAGAGGAAGGCCUAAUUUACUCAACAACUGAUGAUUUCCACUUCAAAUCAACCGCCAACGGUUGACAUUUUUGUUAUGGUAACUAAACGAAUUAAAGGGAAGUUUUUUUCCUGCCGUUGUUUCGUUUCAUCUAUAGUUUAAGUUGGGUAAAUCACUAUGGUCAAAAUAUGAUCCUGAAACAUCUGUUUUAGCCUUUAUAACAGCGAUCCAAAAUCCCACAUGGCUAUGCCUUGUUUAUAGUUGAUGCAAUUAUUGUGAUGUUUGUUUGUAUUGUUCAACAUAUUUAAAGUGUGCUAAUACAGCACAGAGUGCCAGGAGCCUGGAGAGGUGGAUUUGGCUGACUCCAGGACUUCUUUCCAAUCCGCAAA